AGCAUUAAAAUGCAAGACAAACCAUCACCCAAAACCUUUUCUACUUCCUGCACGAAGUUUGAAAACUCUUCUCCUUUCUCAUCAGAGAAAAGGGAGCAAAUACUCAGAGUAGCUCCCUUAUGGUUCAUGGAAGGACCCAUAUAGGAGAGAAACUCUACCAGACGACCCAAUGUGACGAAAGAUUUAGCACGCACACUAAUAUGGUAAGACACAAGAGGACUCACGCAGAAGAGAAACCAUAUGAGUGCCCAGAUUGUGGGAAAGGUUUGGGGGAUGGCCUAUUUAGCACGCACACUAAUAUGGUAAGACACAAGAGGUCUCACGCAGGACAGAAACCAUAUGACUGUCCUGAUUGUGGGAAAGGUUUCAGUCACAAUUCAAACCUUGUGAUACACCAGAAGAUUCACACAGGAGAAAAACCAUAUGAGUGCCCAGAUUGUGGGAAAGAUUUCAGUCGAAAUUCCCUCCUGGUGAUACACCAGAGGACUCACACAGGAGAGAAGCCAUAUGAGUGUCCGGAGUGUGGGAAAAGUUUCAGUCAGAUAUACAACCUGGUGACACACCAGAGGACUCACACAGGAGAGAAACCCUAUGAGUGUCCAGAGUGUGGGAAAGAUUUCUCUACGAAAUUUGUCCUGGUGAACCAUCAAAGGACUCACACAGGAGAGAAACCAUAUAAAUGUCGUCAUUGUGGGAAAGGUUUUAGUCAGAAUUCCUACCUGGUGAAACAUCAGAGGACUCACACAGGAGAAAAACCCUAUGAGUGUUCAGAUUGUGGGGAAAGUUUCAGUCAGAAUUCCAAUCUGGUGACACAUCGGAGGACUCACACAGGAGAGAAACCUUAUGAGUGUCCAGAGUGUGGGAAAAGUUUCAGUCAGCAUUCCAACCUGGUGACACACCAGAGGACUCAUACAGGAGAAAAACACUAUGAGUGUUCGGAUUGUGGGAAAGGUUUUAGUCAGAAUUCCUACCUGGUGCAACACCAGAGGACUCACACAGGAGAGAAACCAUAUAAAUGUCAUUGUGGGAAAAGUUUUAGUCAGACUUCCUACCUGGUGAGUCACCAGAGGACUCACACGGGGGAGAAACCCUAUGAGUGUCCAGAUUGUGGGACAGAUUUCUCUUGGAAAUGUGACCUGGUUAGACAUCAGAGCACUCACACAGGAGAGAAACCAUAUAAAUGUUGUCAUUGUGGGGAAAGUUUUAGUGAAAAUUACUGCCUGGUGAAACACCAGAAGACUCACACGGGAGGGAAACCCUAUGAGUGUCCAGAUUGUGGGAAAGAUUUCUCUUGUAAAUCUAAACUGGUUAGACAUCAGAGGACUCACACAGGAGAGAAACCAUAUAAAUGUUGUCAUUGUGGAAAAGGUUUCAGUCAGAAUUCCAAUCUGGUGGCACACCAGAGGACCCACACAGGAGAAAAACCAUAUGAGUGCCCAGAUUGUGGGAGAGAUUUCAGUAGUAGCAUGCACACUAAUAUGGUAAGACACAAGAGGUCUCAUGCAGAAGAGAAACCAUAUGACUGUCCUGAUUGUGGGAAAGGUUUCAGUCACAAUUCAAACCUUGUGAUACACCAGAAGAUUCACACAGGAGAAAAACCAUAUGAGUGCCCAGAUUGUGGGAAAGAUUUCAGUCGAAAGUCCCUCCUGGUGAUACACCAGAGGACUCACACAGGAGAGAAACCAUAUGAGUGUCCGGAGUGUGGGAAAAGUUUCAGUCAGAUAUACAACCUGGUGACACACCAGAGGACUCACACAGGAGAGAAACCCUAUAAGUGUCCAGAGUGUGGGAAAAGUUUCAGUCGAAAUUCCCACCUGAUGACACACCAGAGGAUUCACACAGGAGAGAAACCAUAUGAGUGUCCGGAGUGUGGGAAACGUUUCAAUCAGAGAUACACCCUGGUGACACACCAGAGGACUCACACAGGAGAGAAGCCACAUGAGUGUCCCGAGUGUGGGAAAAGUUUCAGUCAGAUAUACAACCUGGUGACACACCAGAGGACUCACACAGGAGAGAAACCCUAUGAGUGUCCAGAGUGUGGGAAAGAUUUCUCUUCGAAAUCUGUCCUGGUCAACCAUCAAAGGACUCACACAGGAGAGAAACCAUAUAAAUGUCAUUGUGGGGAACGUUUCAGACAGAAUUCCCACCUGGUGAACCAUCAAAGGAUUCACACAGGAGAGAAACCCUAUGAGUGUCCAGAGUGUGGGAAAGAUUUCUCUUCGAAAUCUGUCCUGGUCAACCAUCAAAGGACUCACACAGGAGAGAAACCAUAUAAAUGUCAUUGUGGGAAAAGUUUUAGUAAGAAUUACUACCUGGUGAACCAUCAAAGGACUCACACAGGAGAGAAACCAUAUAAAUGUCAUUGUGGAAAAAGUUUCAGUCAGAAUUCCCACCUGGUGAAACACCAGAGGACUCACACAGGAGAGAAACCCUAUGAGUGCUCGCAAUGUGGCAAAAGAUUUAGCAUACAGACUGAAAUGGUGAGACACAAGAGCACUCACACAGGAAAGAAACCAUAUGAGUGCCCAGAUUGUGGGAAAGGUUUCAGUUGGAAUUCCCUCCUUGUGGAACAUCAGAGGACUCACACAGGAGAGAAACCGUACGAGUGUCCUGAUUGUGGGAAAGAUUUCUCUCGGAAAUCUGACCUGGUUAAACAUCAGUGGACUCACACGGGAGAGAAACCAUAUAAAUGUCCAGACUGUGGGAAGAGUUUCACUCAGAAUUCCUACCUGAUGAUACACCAGAGGACUCACACAGGAGAGAAACCGUAUCAGUGUUCAGACUGUGGGAAAGGUUUCAGUCAGAAUUCUGACCUGGUGAAACAUCAAAGGAUUCACACAGGAGAGAAACCAUUUAAAUGUCAUGAUUGUGGGAAAUGUUUCAGUCGAAAUUCCUACCUGGCAAAACAUGGGAGGGCUCACAUGAGAGAGAAACCAUAUAAAUGUGAUUGUGGGAAAGUGUUUAGUUCCAAUUCUGACCUGGUGAAACAUCAGAGGACUCACACAGGAGAGAAACCAUAUAAAUGUGAUUGUGGGAAAAUUUUCCAACGGAAUUCUCACCUGGUGAUACACCAGAGAACUCACACUGAGGACAAACGGUAUCAGUGUUUGGAUUGUGGGAAAAGCUUCAUUCGGAAUUCCAACUUGGUGUUUCACCAGAAGACUCACAUGGGAGAGAAACUGUAUGAGUGUGCAGAAUGUCGAGAAAGUUUCAGUUGCAAAUCUGAACUGGUGAAGCACCAGAAGACCCACAAAGUAGAAAAACCAUAUGAGUGCCAAGAUUGUGGGAAAGGUUUCAGUUCAAAUUCUCACCUGGUGGAACAUCAGAGGAUUCAUACAGGAUACAAACCUUAUAAGUGUCCGGAUUGUGGGAAGAGUUUCAUUCAGAAUUCCAAGCUGGUGAGACACCAGAGAACUCACACAGGAGAGAAACCAUAUGAAUGUCUAUAUUGUGGGAAAAGUUUUAGUCAGCAUUCCAACCUGGUGAUACACGAGAGAACUCACACAGGAGAAAAACCAUAUCAGUGUCCAGAUUGUGGAAAAUGUUUCAGCCAAAAUUCCUACCUGGUGAAACACCAGAGGAGUCAUAUGGGAGAGAAACCCUAUGAAUGUUCAGAUUGUGGGAAAGAUUUCACUCACAAUUCCGACUUGGUUAAACAUCAGAGGACUCACACAGGAGAAAAACCAUAUAAGUGUCCAGAUUGUGGGAAAAGUUUCCGUCAGAGUUACUAUCUGGUGAUACAUCAGAGGACUCACACAGGAGAGAAACCGUAUGAAUGCCAAGAUUGUAGGAAAAGUUUCAGUUGCAAUUCUUACCUG